AGUGAUGCUUCGAAAACUCUUGCGACCUCACACGCAGACGACGGUACUUUUGAUCGGGGAAAUACAACAACAAGUGUCAGUGAAGGAGUGAGUGGCAGAGAUUCUGAUUUAGAUGAGAGCCUCGCACCGCCAAUACUUAGGAGUAAAAGUGAUAGCAUUCGAAACCGUAAGACUGGAGAAGUAAAUUCAAAGAAAAAACGGAUUCAUAAAUUUAGAGGUGGAAGAUCUUUGCCAAAACCGAGCGCGGCCAAACAUGAUCGGGUGAUCUCUCGUGCGUUGUCCGUUAACAGGGAGCGUUAUCCUUUUAUUCAUUUUGAGCCGUCUUUCGCGCAGAGAGUCGAAUCCCGACGAGAGAGAAACCGGCAAAAACUAAGAGAUAAUUUACAAAAGUUGAUCGAAGAGAAGGAGAACGAAGAAAGAAUAAAAUUAAUUGAUGAUUCAACAAAUAAACUCAUCGAGUCUAACGCUUUUGCGCCAACAGAAGACACUUUUGAUGAGCAUCGCAACUCCAGUCCUGAUGAUCACAAUUUAAUAGAUCAAGUUCAUCAUCUGCCGUCUGAUGGACCGGAGUCGUUCACAUCCGGCACUUGGUGGAACAAUGAAGAAAAAAAGAAAACAGAAUUCAUUACAUCUUCAAUUACGAAUUUUGAAACCAUCGCUCCAGCCCCCACUUACUUGUCCGAAUCCAACAAUAAAUUUCCAGAAUUCAGUUUAUUUAAUGAGGAGAUAAGGGUAUCCGUUGAUAACCAUGAAAGUCUUACUAGGAAAAUUCUAGAGAAUCAGGCACAGAAGAAGAACAGGCAAACUGGAUUAGGGUUCACUUCAGCUUUGUUACUGCCUAUCAACUCGCCGUCUGAUAGAAUAGUGCGAGGCUUCGUGGAUGUUAAAAAGACAAAAAAGUCAGCGAAACGAAGGCCCACUGAAAUCAAGCGUCGUAAAAAAUUGCCAGGACACCAAGCGAGAAUUGAAUCAUCCCAAGUAGGAAAUACGAACAGUAUUCUAAAGAAAGAUAGGAAGUUGAAGUCAUCGUCAACAAAAAACCUCAAAUCAUCCAUUACUCAUUCGCAAAAUUUGGAACUCGAAUUUCCUGACGUGGGUAAACGGAUAAAUAAGAAGAGAAUCCGUUUCGAUAUAGAUGAACCUGAUACUCGAAAUGGGCCUAAAUUUCAUAAAAAGCCUCUGAACAGAAAGUCUAUUUUUGUGAGUACUCCUAAACGCGUAAAGUUCAAUAACGGCAACGAAAAUGAACUGAUAAAACACAAGUUCCUCCUGAGGUAUCAAAAGAAAUCGAAACUCGGAUAUGUGCCAAAACAUCAAGCUUCUAGAAAACUUAAUAAGAAAGUCCCAUCUUCAGUUUUAUCGAAUGCUAAUCGAUCAAAUUUGAGAUCGGUUCAGGAAAAAGUUGAUGCAGUAUUUAGCAUUGAAAAACCAGUGCAUACUUUAAAACCAGGACAUGAUCAAUCGGCUAAAGAUACAUUAACCGAUGUGCGGGAAAAGGUAUUUUUAGAGCCAGCAUUGACUCAAGACGACAGGGAAAUUUUCAAUCAUCAAUCGCGAAUAAAUUCUGUAAUUUAUCCAUUGGUUGCAGCUGAAAAUUCGUAUAAAAUAGGUUUCAGUGAAGAUAUUGAACCUGAAAUCUUAAAGCCACAUUAUUCUCGGUUGACAGAUGAAUUCGGGGGGCUCGUGCAAUCCAAAAUGGCAAAGGGGAAUGAGGCCAUAGUGCAGCAGUAUCCCCCUGUUAAACUUGAGCUUCCGAUCAUCAAAAUUACGAAACCUGAGAGCGACGAAGAUGAAGACGAUGAGAAGCUCUAUAUUGGCAUGGACGACUACUGGAACAACACUUGGCAUCCGACACAAAGCACGGCAAAGAAUAAACUACCUACAUUAAAAAAUAACAAGAAGAAAAAUACACAGAAUCCAACCAAAAAACAGGAAACCAAGACCGAGAAUAGCCAAAAGUCAGGAGGCAAAAAAACAUCCUCUUUCAAUAAAGUUUCGCAGCCAAAAAAGAAAGAGAGGAUCGAGAAACCUAUGGUAUCACCCGAAGUUGUGGCUGAAAGUUCUUUGUUCAACGGAUUUUCUAGUAGAAACAGAAUUCCGGAUACCCCAGAAAUGGCUGACAUUCAAAUAAAAUCAAAAUCUAAUGCGGGAAAAAAUGCUUCCAGUUUGGACUCUGGUCCAGAAGCGAUAAACGAAACCAAAGAUGAAACACAUAAUAAUAUGAAGGCCAAAGGCGUUAAAAAGCUCGUCCCCUCUAAAUCUGAAUCCGAAAAAGCCCGAGUCAUGGAAUCGGAAGAAGACCCUGAGUCGAAGAACUCGGAUGAGUAUCACAUUACGGGGCCCAAGGGACAGGACCUCUACGACGAAGCCCCCCCGCCGCUACCGCCUCUCAACAACGCUCCCCCGAUGCGGCGCAGCGUGUCACGAAGCGCCCUGCCGCCGCCAGCGCAGGCCAGCAGGACGGUGUCUGCGGUCAACACACCGCGCUCCGAGCGCGGGAUGAAGUCAUCCAAGCGCAGGAGCAAGGAUGACUCGCGCAUCCAGUAUGAACUACAAUUGGAUGAUCAUGAGUUCUUCAAGAACUCGGCGGAAAAAGACCCUUGGCAUCCACGCACCAUCCGCGUGUUUCGUAACGGCGAUCGCUAUUACCCAGGCUACGACUACACCUUCAAGCCUGGCCGCGACGUGCUCAACCUCGAGGGACUGUGUGACAAAAUUUCCGACCGAAUCGGACUUGUCAGAGGAGCUCGCUACGUCUACGGCUUGGACGGCUCCAGGAAAUACCGACUGGAGGAACUUGAAGACGGCGGGUCUUACGUUGCUGCUUCGGAUAGAAAAUUCAUAAACCUGGCGUAUGGCAAGAUCCGCCCCAGUUGGCGAGCGGGCAACACCCCCAACUGGUCAGUCCGCGCCCGCAACGAAGACACGGCGGAGGUGCAGAAGAGCAGCGCCGACAGCAAUAAGUCCAAUGGCGGCGGCAAGCCUGGGUCUAGGGACGGUCGCACCAUCACUGUCGUCAACCAGCUCGACCACACGCAGGAGCGAAGCGUGUUGGUAAACCUGAAGACUGUACAAGCUUGGGAGGACGUCGUGGCCGACCUGGGGCAGGUGCUUAGAAUGCGCGGCAACCUAAUACUGCAGACGCCCUGGGGGCAAGACGUGAAGAGCUUCUCGCAGUUCAAUAACGACUUCGCGGCCGUGGAGACGUUCUACCUGGCACCCCUGGACGGUCCUGGCGACACGCCCACGCCCCCCGGCAGCGCCUCGGACGCCGCGGCUAGAGGAGGCCGCCGUAGCGUCGACCCUGCCAGGAAGGUUCAGCGUACGAAGCGUGGGGUUGCUUUGGCCUCCAACCUCCGACGGCACACCAGCGAGCCGAGCCUCAACGGAGCGUUGGACGAACAGAUGGAGCUGGCCAGCGGUCGCUCUGCCGUUGUUGAGAUCAAAGGAGCAAAGAAAGUCCUGCUCGCCCCGCGCCGCGAUGUACUGCACAACCCGCAUCACCCCUCACACAUGCUCGAGCUAGACUGGGUCUACGGCUACCGAGGCUGGGAUACGCGCAAGAACCUGUGGGUGGUGAAGAGCGGCGAGAUGCUUUACUUCGUGGCCACCAUCGCGGUGCUCUACGACAGGACGGACGACCAUCAGCGACACUAUACGGGACACACGGAGGACAUCCAGUGCAUGGCGCUGCACCCUAACGGCAUCGUGGUGGCGUCGGGGCAGCGGGCGUCGCAGGGGCACCGCCUCACAGCCAACGUGCAGGUCUGGGACAGCCGCUCCCUGAGGACCUUACACGUGCUAGGGGAGGGGGAGCUGGGUGUCGGCAUCCUGGCCCUUGACUUCUCCACUCGGAACAACGGAGAAUAUCUCCUGGCAGUGGACGGGGACCGGGAGCACUUGCUCUCUGUGUGGGCUUGGACGAAGCAAGUUAUCUUCGGUAGAGUUGCGACCCACGAAGAUCACGUUUGGGGCGCCGCUUUCCACCCCCACGACAACAACCUCAUCGUCACCCACGGCAGAGGGCUGCUGUCCAUCUGGUCCAGGAGGAAGGAUGGCAUCUUCACGCGCACUGACCUGCUCAAGAACACGACUGUACGCAACGUGCUGGCCAUAGCGUUCACGCCGCCCGGUGACGUCAUCACCGGCGACUCGGACGGGCUGCUCACCGUGUGGUCCGUGGACGCGGAGGGCGACUAUUACGUCUUGAAGCAGUUCAAGGCCCACGAUGGAGGCGUGAGUGCCCUCUACCUGCUCAGUGAAGGCACGCUGCUCUCAGGGGGUGAGAAGGACCGACGCGUCGUGGCCUGGGACUGUGACGAAGACUUUGACGCCAUCUUGGAAACGCAGCUUCCAGAAGCAUCAGGCGGAGUGCGGACAGUGACUCCCCAGCGGCCGGGGAUGAACGACGCCAACAUCUACGUGGGCACCAUCAGGAACAUGAUCCUGGAGGGCUCCCUACAGCGCCGCUUCAACCAGGUGGUGUUCGGACACAGUCGCCAGCUGUGGGGUUUGGCCAUCAACCCCCGCGACGGGACGGUCGCCACAGCUGGCUACGACAAGCAGAUCGUGUGCUGGGAGCACAACAAGCUCAUCUGGCGCAUACAGGCGCAGAGUGAGUGCGUGAGCGUGGCAUGCCACCCUAGCGGGUCUGUGCUGGCGGUGGGGACCAUCGAUGGCCACCUGGUGGUGGUCAGGGCGGACAACGGCAAGCACGUGGCCACCGUCAGAGUGUGUGGUUCCCCGCUCUCGUGUCUCUCGUACCAUAAAAGCGGUGACACGCUGGCUGUGGGGUCCCAGAACGGGUCGCUGUAUCUCUACAAGAGCACCAGAGAAGGUUUGGUUUACACGCGCUACUCUAAGAUGAUCGGCGACCAGCCUCUCUCUGCCAUUGACUGGGCGGAGUCUGGCAAGUUCCUGCAGACCGUCACUUCAGACUACGACCUCACUUUCUGGAGCCUGCGGACGCUGUCCAGCGUGUCGUACGAUGCGGAUGUGCAGGACGAGUUCUGGGUGACUCAAACCUGCCCUCUAGGAUACUACGUACACGGCAUCUGGUCAGGUCGGAAAGACUCCCCCAUCCAGGUGACGGUGGACAGGAGCCCCAAGGGGGACCUGCUAGCCGCCGGCGACACCAAGGGUAACGUCAGGCUCUACAGGUACCCGGUUUUGAGCACCAGGGCGGGCUACCACCAAUAUAAAGUGUACACGUCGUACGUGUCGUCGGUGCGCUUCAGUAUGGCCGACCGGCUGCUGUUCACGACGGGCGGCACCGAUGCGGCGCUGCUGAGGUGGCGAGUGCCUCUCAUGUGAAGCAAGAGACUCGCCUGCAGGAGCCAGGCACUCAGCAAACUCAGCUGUGUGCAGGAGGAGGAAGAAGGCAGUAAGCCUGCACAGAAACUCUGGAGGAUGUAGUGAUAAAAACUCAAUACCUCAAAACUGCACCAAACACAGGAAGAGAAUUUGUCGUAGUCUAAAUGCAGCAAUAGUGAUUAUAAGAAUUGUAUGCCGGAAUUCUAAACUUAAGAUUACUCAAAUAAAAGUAAAUUAUUUAACUGGGUGUGCGCAGUGGUGUCGGACUGAUGUUAUUACACAAGCACCUGAAUGAAGGAGGAUAUUUGUCGUGCUUUGGUAAUAUUGAGGUAUGCGUUCGUUGUGCGACUGAGUCAGUCGAGUAAGCUACUGGAGAUUUUUUUUGAAUUUAUGUUAUGGAAAAUAAAUAUUACGUCGUUCUGUUAAAAUAAAAUACAUGACUAAAUUAAUAGUAAAUUUCAAUACGUAAUUUUUGCCAAACUGGCAGCCUGAGAUGACAUUGCGGUCAGCCCUGCUCGUGAACGAUGCUAAUUACUUCAUCAAGAACAUCCACAUCUAUUCAAGAUGACAGUGAAUUAAUUUAUUGAGGGAUUAAUAUCAAGAUUCUAUUGAGGAAUUGAUAACUAGAAGUGAUAAUAAUAGCCCAGAUCCAUGCAUGUCCAAUACCUGGAUUUUUACUAAAAAACGCACAAUAAGGGAACAUAACUUAUGAUAAGAGAAUAAAACUUCCGUUAAGAGAACAUAACGUACAAUACUUUUCCCUGGAAAGAGUCUCGCAGCAUAAAAACAUAAAUGAGUCAAACUAAAGUUUCGUAUAGCGGAGAAAUGAUUGCAUCAAUAUACAUUGCAAGAGUUGUGAACUUAUCCUGAGCAUUUCGUUAAGAAAAUGUUUCAACGAUUGCUUGCCGAACUGGAUUGAUAUGACUACCGUCAGGUCAAGUUAAACUUGACUUGCCAUAAGGACAUUCACGUCAAAAUAGAACCAACUUAUCGUCAGGCAAGUCAGAACUGACGACCUUCGCUCAUCAUCAGGUCUUAUCCAUAUGCAUGAUAUAAUUAUAGUAAAGUCUAAAUUUAUCCCAACGUGCACGUGAGAUGGUAGAUCACGAGAUGGUCAAGCUUGCCAUACACAGCUGGUUGGCAGAGAGAUCCACUGACCAGCUGAUCCACUGACCAGUCUCUCUCUCUGACCAAAGCAGAGAGAUCCACUGACACAGCUGGGGCAGUGAGAAGGUUACCGGGCACUUGGAGAGAUAACAGCAAAUUGCAAGAAUUUGGCUCUGUAUAAACUCGUGUAAAUAUUGUGCAUUUAGAUCAUAGUCAUAAGAAAUCGAAAAGGUAUUUCUGUUUCAGACUUGAAUUAUUAUCAAUUAUUGGAAAAAAUAAUGACAAAAUUGUAGAAUAAGAUUUCUUGAGAAAAUCUGUAUUAAUGCUUGGGGUUGUCGAUUGGUUAAGAUUAAAAAAUUUUGAGCAGUGAGUUGGAGGUUCGGAACCCGCAACAAGUUGUGAAAUUUACGGCUGAAAUCGACAAGAUGGCCGAUUAAGUUGCGAGUUGAAUCCCUGUGUUUAAAAAAAUCUUAGAUAGCUAUGCUAACCUGACCUAAUCAUAGCUGACACCUCUAUAACGAUAGCGUACAAUUUGAAAAUGAAUUUGAAAUCACAUUUUGGCGAUUAAAAACGUUCAGAAUACAAUUUGAAUUGAUUAAUUAAUUCUUUCUCAGCCAACCCUCGACACAUGAUGAAUCAGUUGUAAUAAAAAUUCAUCUCUUCCAGCCUCCAACUCCUGAUGAGUCUCUUGCGUACCUAUUCAUUCUUAGCUUCCGUGCACAAAAUUGCUUCCUAAUGAGCCUCGUUUUCAGUAACAUUCCCUGCAUCAUUACUGAAGCUUGGAUGCUUGAUUGUAAGGAUAAUGUAAUUAUAAAUAUUGUACGUUUAUUAGACAAUAACUUGAAAUUCAUAUACGUUGAAAUUCGUAGGUGAUGCGACCAACGAAAGGGACCAAUAAUAUGUAAUGCUUGUCAGUUAUCGUUUUGAUAAUAUUUAUCAUUAGUCAUCUACCGUUUUCGUUCAAUCGAUAUUAAUUAAUGUAGAGGGAUAGCUAGAUGAUGUUUUUGGCUGGAAUUUUGUAUGGGAUGAAUGAGUUACAUGAUCUUUUAGUUAGUAAAAAUUAUCUCAUCAGUUGAAUUUUGAUCAGUUUAUUAUCUCAUUAUCACUUGUUAGAAAAGGCGCUUUAUUAUGCGUUUUUUUUUUUUGCUGCGCGAUCAACAUUAUACAAUUGUCACUGGCACGUGAGUCGCCACUGAACUCCGGUCUCCAACCUUAGAACUCACAAAUAAAUGAGAACUUUUUGGUCAGCGUUCAAAUGCUUUGUCGCUUCUAGUGUUGGAAGAGUAGUAAAUUGUAUGGUAUCUGAGCUUCUAGAGUAGGAAAUGGGGACAGCUAUUGGGAACUAUACAUUUUGUGCCGUCCCUACAAAUGCUCUAAUCAUUAAUCAAUAUUGUAUCGAUUAAUUGAAUCUUAUCAUUAGCUAAAAAAAACUUACUCCAGACCGCUGAUAGGUUCACUUCAGCGAGCGCAUAAACAGUCUCAAAAUCUAUUCAAAACUUCGAAGAAUAAUUAAAUUCAAAUUCGAAGAACAAAACAUAAAGAUCCAUAAGUGUUGUUGUAUAUAAGCGAUUGAGAUUCUAUAUGGGUCCGUUAAAACUAUACCUCAGCACCAUAACAACUUCACAUUAUUUUCAGCGCACUUGUAAAUUGUACACUUAUGAGUUAACAACUAAACAUAGAUGGCUGAGAGAACAAUACUUCGCAAGCACUAAACGAAUAGAUUCACUGUCUAAGAGAAAUAAUAAAAGGGACAAGAUCAA